CAAGUACUUUACUCAACCCACAGCACUCGACGUCUCGAGGAUUACCAGUGGAGGCGGACGAGGGCCUAGCGUUUUGGUCAAAACCCUUUUCUCCUGUAGAAGCAGCGGGAUACUCUCUUAUAAUGGCUGAACACGAUCAGGGGACGCAGGAGCUGCUCCAGUCUGCUUUGAGCACGGCAUUCACGCCUACUGACCUCCCGCGCGCAUCCGUGUCUCCCCCGCCUCAGCCUGCGCUCCCACCGGAACCUCCCGCACCGGCUGCGUCUGCGGAAGCGCCGGGGUCCGAUGCCUACGAUGCGUGGAAGGCCGAAUAUGAGGCCCAGGUCGCGCAGUGGAGGGCGGCGAAUAUCGAGCAGCGGGCGAAGGCUGAGCGAGAGAGGGAGCGGUGGGAAAGAAUACGAGCGGAGGAGAGGGCCCAGCGGGAGAAGGAGGGAGUUGAGGCCAGAGAAGAAUGGCCAACUCUUACGCAAGCUACGGGGAGCGCGUCUGUGCCCAGGGGAGACAGCCCCAGCCCCGCAGAUGUUCGGGACUUGGUGAGUGGAGAAAAAGAAGGCCAUCACCGACAUGCUGAGGCUCCUCAUAUGCACCAACACUCGAAAGAGACUUCGUCGCUUUCUGCAUCCCAGAAAUGGGAGGACCUUCCGUCAUCGAUGAACUCGUCACAGUCUUACCCGUCCAUGUCCUUCCCCUCGCUAUCCAACCCAGAGACCCCCCCUGAUGCUCCCCAACCCCAUCACCGUCCGGGUCAUUCCCACCACCAGACUCAUGGGCACUUGCAUAGUCAACAACGCGGUACCGAAGCGCAGCAUGUCACCUUGUCCGUGUUCGACUCUACCCUGCCAACCAAGACUCGGGCCCUGGCGCUGGUCUCCAGCUUAGGCAUCAAUUUCUUGCUACCGUUCGUCAACGGCGUGAUGCUUGGUUUCGGCGAGAUUUUUGCGAAGGAGGUCGUUGUGGGUUGGUUCGGCUGGGGUCGAGGUUGGCUUGAGCGGAACCGAGCGGAAGACUCUAGAGAAUUAGAAGCGCGCCGCCGCCGGUAAUGCAGUUAUAUCCUGUGCUUUCCUCACAACGCAGCCCGUGGUUCACUGCUAUCUUGUCGCGCGCCGCAUACAGUUCGCGCUAUAAUUACGGUGUCAAACCCUCUGAUCCAGGCGUUGAGAUGAUAUAGGUAUAUUGGUGU